AUGCGACACCUUCGUAAAGUUGUAAUAUGGAUUAUCCACCGAAUAAGAAUCGUCGUAGUUGUAGAAUCAGUUGGAAGAAAAGCUCUUAAACUUUACACGCAUGAAUCUGAUGCAUUCUCUUGUUUGGCUUACCGAUUGGUUCGCGUCGUUUGCUCUUGCGCGCAUUUGUCUAUUGCGGCAGCUGCCCGAUAUAUAGCAGAGCAAAUCAACGUAGACAAACCAUUGUUAAUUUCAAUAUCUUUGAAAGAUUACGAACCUGACACUUUAAAAACUAUAAUUACGGCUAUAAACGAUAUGAAAGCGCGAUAA